GCCCAGGGAGGUGGCCGUGGCGGGAGGGUUGGAGCCAUGUCGGCCAGGACGGCGGGUGGGGGCCGCUGGGAGGUGGUGAAGAAGGGGCGGCGGCCUGGGGCCGGCGGCAGUGGUAAAGGCGGCGGAGGGGACCGCCGGGCGCUCGGGGAGGCGAACGGCGUGUGGAAGUACGACCUGACCCCUCCAAUCCAGACGACAAGCACCCUGUAUGAGCGGGGCUUUGAGAAAAUCAUGAAGCGGCAGAAUAAGGAGCAGGUUCCACCCCCUGCCGUGGAGCCUAAGAAACCCGGCAACAAGAAGCAGACUAAGAAGGUGGCCACGCUCACCAACCAGAACCAGAAGCAGGGCCGCUUUCGCAGCCUGGAGGAGGCACUGAAAGCUCUGGACCUGGCAGCUCUGCAGAAGGAACUGGACAAGAGCCAAAGCGUGUUCUCUGGGAACCCAUCUGUGUGGUUGAAGGACCUGGCCAGCUAUCUCAACUACAAGCUCCAAGUACCUCCAAGUGAACCCACACUAAGCCAGCAUACUCACGAUUAUCCCUACAGCCUGGUGAGCCGGGAGCUGCGUAGGAUCAUCCGAGGGCUACUGGCGAAGGCAGCGGAGUCUCUGGAGCUCUUUUUUGACCACUGUCUAUUCACCAUGCUACAAGAGCUGGAUAAGACACCAGGGGAGUCACUACACGGUUACCGCAUCUGUAUCCAGGCCAUUCUGCAGGACAAGCCCAAGAUCGCCACCAUGAACCUGGGCAAGUUCCUGGAACUGCUGAGGUCCCACCAGAGCCGACCAGCAAAGUGUCUGACCAUCAUGUGGGCCCUGGGUCAAGCAGGUUUUGCCAAUCUCACGGAGGGACUGAGAGUGUGGCUGGGGAUCAUGCUGCCUGUGCUGGGCAUCAAGUCUCUGUCUCCCUUCGCCAUUGCAUACCUGGAUCGGCUGCUCCUGAUGCACCCCAACCUCACCAAAGGCUUUGGCAUGAUUGGCCCCAAGGACUUAUUCCCACUUCUGGACUUUGCCUAUAUGCCCAACAACUCCCUGACUCCCAGCCUGCAGGAGCAGCUGUGUCAGCUCUACCCGCGACUGAAGGUGCUGGCAUUUGGGGCGAAGCCGGAAUCCACCCUGCAUACCUACUUCCCCUCCUUCCUGUCCAGAGCCACCCCUAGCUGCCCUCCGGAGAUGAAGAAAGAGCUCCUGAGCAGCCUGACCGAGUGCCUGGCGGUGGACCCCUUCAGCACCGGCGUCUGGAGGCAGCUGUACCCCAAGCACGCGUCACAGUCCAGCCUGCUGCUGGAGCACUUGCUCAGGUCCUGGGAGCGGAUUCCCAAGAAGACACAGAAGUCUUUGCAAGAAACCAUUCAGUCCUUCAAGCUUACCAACCAGGAUCUGCUAGGGAAGGGCAGCUGCAGCAACCAGGAUGUCAUCGCCUGUGACGCGGCCUGCAAGAGUCUGUUGCAGCAGGCACGGGGCUUCUGGCUGCCCUGGACGCGGCUACUCGUGUUGGUGCUGGUCUUUGCCAUAGGUUUCCUGUGCCAUGACUUCCGGUCACACAGCUCUUUCCAGGCCUCCCUUUCUGGCCGGUUGCUUCAUUCAUCUGGUGUCUUGCCUGCUGUCCAACAAGCAUGUACCAAGAUCUACUCCUACAGCCUGCAAGGCUACAGCUGGCUGGAGGAGACAUUGCCGGCCUGGGGCUCCCACUUGCUGACCAUGGUGAGGCCCAGCUUGCAGCUGGCCUGGGCCCACACCAAUGCCACAGUCAGCUUCCUUUCUGCCCACUGUGCCUCCCACCUUGCCUGGUUGGGUGACAGCCUCACCAGCCUUUCCCAGAGGCUACAGAUCCAGCUCCCUGAUGCCCUGAACCAGCUGCUCCGUUCUCUGAGGGAGCUGCUCCUGUUUCUUUACCAGAGCGUCCUGCUGCCCACGUGGCACAUGCUGCUUGAGGCCCUGGCCCGCGUCCAGGAGCACUGCCACGAGGCGUGCAGAGGUGGGGUGACCUGGGACUGCGUGAAGACACAGCUCAGUGAGGCUGCCCACCGGACCUGGCUCUGCCUACAGGACACCACAGUGGCCUUCUUGGACUGGGCAUUUGCCAUGAUAUCCCAGCAGUAGGCCCUGCCUCCCUGGCUCCUGGGUUCUGUCUGGAGCAGACCAUCUGAGACUGCUGGCGGGGAGAGGGUGGCAGUUCUGCAUGGGAGUCUUUGUUACGUGGUGCCUAAGUUCUGUCUCCUAGGCAAGUGGUUGGCUGCCUCUGCCUCAGUUCUUCCACUUUGGCAGCAGCUGAGCCGAGGGGUAUCUCAGCCUCCUACCCACGAUUCCACUGAGCACUGCUCUGCCCGAUUGCACCUAGCUCCCAGCCUCUGUCCUCGGGCUGGUAGCCUCUCUUGCCUCCUCUCUUGUCUCCUGCUCUCCACUUCCUUCUGUGUCAUUCCUGAAGCCUCAAACAGCUCACCUCCAAAAAGGUGGGACUCCAGCAAGUGGUUUCUGCCUUCUUCAGACAAAUGAUUCCCAGACUUCAGCCGCAGCAGAAAAAAGAAAGGGGCCUCCAGAAGAAUCCAGAAGAAUAUAGCACCUCAGUGGGUGGCAGCAGCUUCACCUCUACCCACACCCUGGGUGUGGCUGUCAGUGGACAUGGAGGCCUGGGUGGAAAGGCCUCUCACCUCAAAAUGCUCAACUUAGGUCCUUCAAGGCCCCUCACUGCCCCUUCCACUGUGGUCCUACUUCCUCACUCUCCAUUCCCCUUCAGUGCUGGGGGGUCUCUGCCUCAAUGUUCAGCCUUUCUCUGCUGCCCACGCCUACCAUCUGUCUGGAGAGCAGAGCCCAGGUAGUCAUGUGCCUCGGGCCCAGGGAACCUUCCAGCAGUCUGUUGAGACAGGAUGUGGCCCAUGGGUAUGCAUGCUCGGUGGAAUAAAGGACACAGGUUUGAUUUCUA